AUGGCACUGCGCAAAGUGCGCAGCAAUAUCGAUCGGAUCUUCGACAAAAGUCUCACCGAUCUCAUCCGUGGCAUCCGGAACAACAAGGAGAAUGAGGUGAGCCCCGCGUUUUUUUGUCUAGAGCGCAACGCGUUUUCAGUCUCGCUACAUUGCCCAGUGCAUGGAGGAGAUCAAACAGGAAUUGCGUCAGGACUCUAUUUAUGUCAAGGCGAAUGCCAUCGAAAAACUGGCCUACGUGAGUUCGACACAAAAUUCAAAAGAAAAACAAAAAAAAACAACACGAAAGUUCAGUUGCAAAUGCUCGGCUACGACAUUUCGUGGGCCUCUUUCAAUGUGAUCGAAGUGAUGGCCUCGACGAAAUACACGGAAAAACGGAUUGGGUAAGUGAAAUAUUUCAAAAUCAUCAUCAAAAACGUCUAAAAACCGACAAAUAAUCGCAAUUUCUUGCAGAUAUCUCGCCGCGGCGCAAAGUUUUCACGACGAAACGGACGUGCUCAUGCUGACGACGAAUUUGAUCCGAAAAGACAUCAAUAGGUACGCGGAUUUUAAACGGAAAAUUGAAAACGAACCAUUUUCACCUUUUCAAAUGAUUUGGCAAGUCGAUAAAACUGAAAAUUAGCGUUUUUCGUCGAAACGUUUGGAAUGACGCAAAAAAUCGAUAAAUUGAAACGGAAAUUCGCGAAUGCCCCCUCAAGCGGUUUAAAGUGUCUAAGAGUUGUUUUAUGUCAAAUUUCCCCGAAAUUUUCAGUGCGAACAUGUACGAAUCGGGCAUCGCGCUGGGCGGCCUCUCCUGCUUCGUGACGCCCGAUCUGGCACGAGAUCUUGCCGCCGACGUCGUCAACCUCCUUUCGUGUUCGCGUCCGUACACGCGAAAACGGGCGGUCCUGUUGCUCUACAAACUGUUUCUCAAGUAUCCCGACGCGCUACGACCGACGUUCCCGCGGCUCAAAGAGAAGUUGGAGGACGCGGAUCCGGGAGUGCAGAGUUCGGCGGUCAAUGUGAUUUGCGAGUUGGCGCGAAAAAAUCCGAAAAACUAUUUGACGUUGGCGCCGAUUUUUUUCAAAUUGAUGACCACCUCGUCGAACAACUGGAUGCUCAUCAAGAUUAUCAAACUUUUCGGCGCGCUGGUACCGUUGGAGCCGAGAUUGGGCAAGAAGUUGCUCGAACCGCUCACCAAUUUGAUCAACUCGACGUCGGCGAUGUCGCUGCUUUACGAGUGCAUCAAUACGGUCAUUGCAGGUGAGCAUGUUGUAGAGCUCGCAAAGAGCUUUCGAUUCGUUUUUUAAACGUUUGAAAAUAUUGAAAAUUGAUUGAGAAAAGUGAGAGCAAAGUUUGAGUAUUUUGCGGGCGCAUCAAAUAGUGCGUUCGCGUUUAGUGGAAAUAUGUCUGUGCGGGUGUGUGAUCGUGAAAAUUGAUCAACUACAAAGUUGUAGAGCUUGAAAAGAGCCUUCGUUUCGUUUUUUAAACGUUUGAAAAUGUUGAAAAUUGAGUGAGAAAACCAAAGUUAACGACGAAAAAGCUAUUAGCUCUCACAAAAAGUGCACCGACCUUUUGAAACCGCCCUUUUUUUGCAGUGCUCAUCAGUAUCUCGGCCGGUGGGGACCACACGUCAAGCAUCCAAUUGUGCGUUCAAAAGCUCGGCGUGCUCAUCGAGGAUUCCGACCAAAAUCUCAAGUACCUCGGCCUUCUCGCGAUGGGAAAAAUUCUGAAAACGCAUCCGAAAGCGGUGCAAGCGCACAAAGACAUUGUGCUUCGUUGUUUGGACGACAAGGACGAGAGCAUUCGGUUGCGCAGUCUCGAUUUGCUCUACGGCAUGGUCAGCAAGAAGAACAUUGUGGAAAUUGUCAAGAAACUGAUGGAACACGUGGAAGCGGCCGAGGGAAGUCACUAUCGCGACGAGCUGUUGAGUCGAAUCAUCGGAAUCUGCAGUUGGAGCAACUACCAGUACAUUACCAAUUUCGAGUGGUACAUCUCGGUGCUCGUCGAGCUCACAAAAGUCGAAGGAACGGAGCACGGCGCGAAAAUCGCCGAGCAAAUUCAGGAUGUGACGGUGCGCGUCGAGUCGAUCCGCCACUUUUCCGUCUCGCAAAUGGCGCUGUUGGUGGAGAACGCGCACGUGCUGCUCGCCGGCUCCGCGCAACAACGGAGCAACAUGUGCGAAGUGCUGCUGGCGGCCGCCUGGAUUUGCGGCGAGUAUAGUCGACACGUGCGCAGUGUGCACAGUGUGCUCGAGUCGAUGUUGCGCGCGAAAACGUCGGUGAUGCCCGGACACAUAUUGUCGGUCUACGUGCAGAACAUUGGCAAAUUGUACUGUUCGCUGACGGCGCAGGCCGAGGAGGACGACGAUUGGGACGCGAUCGAUAGUCUCGACAAUCUGAUGCUCUCGAAAUUGCCGCAAUUUGAGCUGUCCGAGCAUCUCGAGGCGCAGGAAAGGGUCGGUUGUUUUUCAGAUAUAUCAGAAAAUGGGAUCAAAUUGUAGAGAAUUUCGAGCUGAUCAUAUUUGUAGUUGAAAGUUUUGCCGUAGCUCCAAUGCCCGCGGAGUUAUAGCCUGAAAACCAAACGCUUCCACUACAAUCUUGUCCAACUUUUAGGGUCCAAGUUUAGGGUCCAAGGGUCCAAGUUUUGUCAUUGAAAAACAUCGAAAUGUCUGAUUUUAAGCUCUCUCUUUUUUCGUUUCACACCCCACCCGAAUACCAUUUAUUCAACACACUAUAUCUCGGCAGGCGGUGAAGAUAUCAAAAAGUUGUCAACUAACAAAUUGUACACCUACAAAUUUUACACAUUUUAUCAGUUGACACCGUUUUGAUAUCUCCACAGACAAAUGAGAUACAGCGCUCCGAAAAACGGUACGUUUUGCAGGCGUGCAACCUAAUGACCAUCAUCCGAAUCGUCGAGCAGCUCCACCAACAACGUCAAAAAAUGGGCGAGGAACUUCAAAAGCUGUACGACGGCGAGCUGAACCCGGUGGCGACAAAGGCCCAGCGGAAAGUGCCGGUCCCCGACGGUUUGGACCUGGACACGUGGAUCGGCGACGAGUGGGUUUCGAGUGCCGAAGACGAGUCGGCGGACGACGAAUCGGACAUGGAGGCGACGUUCGGAGCGCCGAUCACACGACCGAAAAUGGAAAUGAACGGAGAGGAAGAAGAAGAAGAAGAACAAAUGGAAGAGGAGAGAGAGGGAGAGGGAGGAGAGAAGAAGAAGAAGAAGGGAAAGGGGAAGAAGGGCGGCGAGAUGAGCAAAGAGGAGAUGGAGAGAAGACGGAAGCAGAGGGAACUCGAGAUUGAGAACAAUCCAUAUUAUGUCAAGGUUUGUGGGGCCCUCUAAAGUAGCACGACCCCAUUUCCAACGUUUUCUUCUUGCAGGGCUCUGCGACGGCUCCAAAACGCCCGACGCGCUUCGGAAACCCAAUUGCCACGUCAUCAGAAUCGGCGGAGAAGGCGGCGCAAGAAAUUCAGUCGCCACUGGAAAUUCCCGGAGUCGUCGGUCUUCAUCGGUACAUGGAACAGCAGGAUUCGACGUUGAGUUGGAAAAAGGCGAACGAGGAGAACAAGGAGAAGAAGAAGAAGCGGACGACGACGACGACGACGAAGAAGAAGAAGAAUGGCAAGAAGAAGCGGACGGAGAGCACGAGCAGCGAGGAGGAGAAUGUGGUGGUGCACAAGGUGAACCGCAAUGAUGGGGAGAUGCCGGAGGGCGCCAAGUCGACGGACGACGAGGAGGAAAAGGUUGGUUGGAUAGAGAAUUUCAAGCUGAUCAUUUUGUUAGUUGAACGUUUUCGGGUAGCUCUAACGCCCGUGGAGUUAUACGCCAAAAAGUAGAGGGUGUCAGGAUGGCGUCAAACUUUUAGGGUCCAAGUGUGAUUUUCCAGGGUUACCAACGCAUGUUUGACAUUGUAAAACAUUGCAGACGGACGUGACCGACGAGUUCCGUGCCCUCGAUAUGGAUCUUGACGCGCCGCUUCGUCCGGACGAAGUCGUCAAGGCUCCACAAGCGUACACCCGAGUGUAUGCGUCACAACAGAAGCAGGGACCGCUUGUGCCCCGGCCGCCGACCACUUUUGAGCCGAAGCUGGUCGUGGAGAAGAGUUCGACGAAAAAAGUGAAGGGAACAACGAAGAAGGCGGCGACGACGACGACGAAAAAGGGAAAAAAGGCUCAGACUGUGGAGGCGUCGGCUUCGAAAUCGAAUUUGUUCAAUAUGGAUGAUUGGCUCGAAGGAGCACAGGCGGAAGUGCAAAAGGACAGUGUCGAGGUACGUUUUGACAGAAAACCAACAAAAACCAUCCGAUUUUCAGGUCGAGAAACCGGAAAAACCGAAAAAAACGAAGAAGAAGAGUGUCGGGGUGUCGAAGCGAAAAUCGCGGGACGCGUACGAAGAGGCCGCCGGCGUCUGUACCCCCUCGAUCCCGCAUCAAUCGGAUUUCGGUGCAGGCCUCGCACGCCUCGCCGCCAACAAGACCCUGAGCGUGGAUUUUGUGGCGAGACCCAACGAGGAUCCACUCGAUCACGGCCGCAUUACCGUACACCUUCAGGUGAAGAAUACGGGCGAUCGGACGAUUCAGAAGGUCGAAUUGACGAUGGUCGACACGUUGAACGCGAAGACGGUCCGAGACGGCUCGGAGGCGCCGAUAGUCCUGGCGGAUCAGCUCGAACCGUCGGGACCGGAGACUUCGGAGGCGACGUUCGACGUGCAGGUCACUUCGACGAACGUUUCGAGGACGAUGCGCGGAACGGUCACCUAUUUUAUUGUGGUAAGUCCCGGGGGGGGGGGGCGAGGGGCAGCUCAAUCAAUCGCGACCCGAUUGUUUGCAGGACGAAGAAGGCACUCGCGACGACAAACUCGACCUCCGUCUCCCGCUGCCCGCCACCACGUUCGUCCUGCCGAACUCGUCGAUCCGAAAAGACGACUAUUCGGCGCUGCUCGCCUCGGACGACGUCGAUUUCGCCGCCUCGCUGAGCGUCAAAUCGUCAGCGAUGCGGCUGAAGCAGACGUUGACGCACAUUGUCCGCCGAGCACACUUUUGCGUCGUCGAGGAGACGCCGAAAGCCGCGUCGCUGUUCGGAAGGACCGUCGCCGGCCAGCCCGUCUGUUUGCUUGUCAAGAAAACGGUUAGUCUUGUGAAAUGGGGGUCAAAUUAGGGCAAAGUAGGGCGUGACCUAGAAAAAGAAGGGCGUGGCCUAGAAAAAGAAGGGCAUGGGCUAGAAAAAGUAGGGAGAAAAAGUAGGGCGUGGCCUAGAAAAAGUAGGGCGUGGCCUAGAAAGGCGUGGCCUAGAAAAAGUAGGGCGUGGCCUAGAAAAAGAAGGGUAUGGCAUAGAAAAUGUAGGGCGUGGCCUAGAAAAAGAAGGGCAAGGCCUAGAAAAGUAGGGCGUGGCCUAGAAAACAUAGGGCGUGACCUAGAAAAAGUUGGGCGUGGCCUAGAAAAACUAGGGCGUGGCCUAGAAAAAGUAAGGAGAAAAAGUAGGGCGUGGCCAGAAAAAGUAGGGCGUGGCCUAGAAAAAGUAGGGCGUGGCCUAGAAAAAGUAGGGCGUGACCUAGAAAAAGAAGGGCAUGGCCUAGAAAAAGUGGGCAUGGCCUAGAAAAAGUAGGGCGCGGCCUAGAAAAAGUUGGGCGUGGCCUAGAAAAAGUAGGGCAUGGCCUAGAAAAAGAAGGGCAUGGCCUAGAAAAAGUAGGGCGUGGCCUAGAAAAACUAGGGCAUGGCCUAGAAAAACUAGGGCGUGGCCUAGAAAAAGUAGGGCGUGGCCUAGAAAAAGUAGGGCGUGGCCUAGAAAAAGUAGGGCGUGGCCUAGAAAAAAGUAGGGCGUGGCCUAGAAAAAAAGUGGGCAUGGCCUAGAAAAAGUAGGGCGCGGCCUAGAAAAAGUUGGGCGUGGCCUAGAAAAAAAGUAGGGCAUGGCCUAGAAAAAAAGAAGGGCAUGGCCUAGAAAAAAAGUAGGGCGUGGCCUAGAAAAACUAGGGCAUGGCCUAGAAAAACUAGGGCGUGGCCUAGAAAAAGUAGGGCGUGGCCUAGAAAAAGUAGGGCGUGGCCUAGAAAAAGUAGGGCGUGGCCUAGAAAAAGUAGGGCGUGGCCUAGAAAAACUAGGGCAUGGCCUAGAAAAAGUAGGGCGUGGCCUAGAAAAACUAGGGCAUGGCCUAGAAAAAGAAGGGCAUGGCCUAGAAAAAGUAGGGCGUGGCCUAGAAAAUGUAGGGCGUGGCCUAGAAAAAGUAGGCAUGGCCUAGAAAAAGUAGGGCAUGGCCUAGAAAAGUAGGCAUGGCCUAGAAAAAGUGGAUCAUGGUCCCGAAAUGGACAUUUUUGCAGACGGACGGUAUCCAAAUCGACGGAAAAGCGGGCGACGAGCAACUCAUCCAAUCGAUCGUGCAAGACGUGGCCGAAGUGUGUGCGAGAGUCUGA